AGCACCCAAUACAAAAUUCACAAGACACCCCGAAACGCACCAAAAGCAAUGUCGAAAUUGACAACAAGAUACCUGAGGCAACCACAAAAGUCACACAGAAAAUGCCCAAGAAAGCUAACAGGGCACCCGAAACAAAAUCUACAACAAGAAGCAACAAGACUUCUGAAUCAACUAUGAA